AUGUUCAUUGGAGGUUUGGACUGGUCCCUUACAGCUGAUCAAAUUCAUGAGUACUUUGAGAACUUUGGACCUGUUGUUGAGGUAAAGUUGAAAACAGACAUCUAUACCGGACAAUCCAGAGGAUUUGCAUUCCUACUCUUCCAGAAUCCAGAAUCAGUUGAUAAGGUUUUGGAGCAAAAGGUUCAUGUAUUGUAUGGCAAGCGCAUCGACCCAAAACGUGCAGUUGCCACAGAAACAGGAGGAGGCAUCAAUGGUAAGAAGGUGUUUGUUGGAGGUCUGGAUCCUGCCAUGACGGAGCAGGAAAUUAUGGAUGCAUUCAAUGCUUAUGGAAAGGUUCUUUUGGUCGAACUGCCAGUUGACAGGUCAAACAACCAGAGAAGAUCAUUUGGAUUUGUGCUCUUUGAUUCAGAGGAGUCUGUCAACCAGUUGUGUCAAAAGUCCAAAAUACAAGUGGGCACAAAACUGGUGGGUAGGAUUUUGUUAUAUCAUCUUUCAAAGUGA